AUGGCACACAUCAAUGGUACUAAUGGAACCAAUUCAAAUAAAAAAGUAAAAUCAACCUCAGAGUUGGAAGAAUUUGAUGCCAUAUUUCCAGUUCUUGUGGAAAAUUUAACCCAAAAUGGUUUAAAAGAUUCUGAAAUUUCAGAUGCCAUAACUUGGUUUAAAGAGGUAUUAGAAUAUAAUGUUCCAUUUGGUAAAAAGAAUCGUGGAAUAUCAGUAGUAACAUCAUACUGUCAAUUGGUACAAGAUCCUACAGAAGAAAAUUUAACCCGAGCCAGAGUUCUGGGAUGGUGUGUGGAAUUACUGCAAGCAUUUUUCCUGGUAGCUGAUGACAUCAUGGAUUCAUCAAUCACUAGAAGAGGUCAACCAUGUUGGUAUAAACUUAAUAAAGUUGGAACUAUUGCUAUCAAUGAUUCCUUCUACCUAGAAUCAGCUAUUUAUGUUUUACUAAAAAAAUACUGCCGUGAUCAACCUUAUUAUGUUCAUUUAAUGGAACUCUUCCAUGAAACAACUUUACAGACUGUGAUAGGCCAAUGUUUAGAUUUAAUAACCUCUACUCCCAGUGAUGGUGUUGAUUUUACUAAUUAUACUCUAGAUAGACAUGCUGCUAUUGUCAAGUGGAAAACAGCUUUUUAUUCUUUUUAUUUACCUGUUGCCAUAGCAAUGUAUAUGGCUGGUAUAGAUGAUAGUGAAGCACAUACUAAUGCUAAGCGUAUUUUACUACAGAUGGGACACUUCUUUCAAGUACAGGAUGACUACCUGGAUUGUUAUGGUGCACCAGAAGUUAUAGGUAAAAUAGGUACUGAUAUACAAGAUAAUAAAUGUGGUUGGUUAGUCAUACAAGCUUUAAAUAGAGUUACUCCAGAACAAAGGCAGAUAUUGGAGGAAAAUUAUGCUCGAGAUAAUGAAGAAAAAAUAGAAAAAGUGAAAAAACUAUAUCGCGAUUUAAAUUUAUCGCAAGUUUAUCAAGAUUAUGAAGAAAAAAGUUAUCAAGAGUUAAUGAAUUUAAUAGAAAAAUCUAGUGGAAAUUUACCUAAACAAAUGUUUAUAGCUUUUGCUAUGAAAAUAUACAAGAGGAAGAAAUAAACUGACCCGAAAACAUUUUAGAUCACUAUUAUUCAUUGGGGACUUUAAGACACUGUAAUAACAGAAAGCAUGAAUUUGUUUUUUGGAUUGGCACCAUCCACUUUCAAGAAGUAUUAUUUGAAACUAGAUAGUUUUAACUUGAGGACAUUAUAAUAUAUUUAUUCUGAUCUGUUUAACAAGAUUUUGAUAUUCUGGUGUACAAGUAUGAUAGUGAAUUGAAAUUUUAUAAUGUGAAAUAUUACUCAUGUGUUUAGCUUCAAAAUUCUUUUUUGUUUUGUUAUCUAGCUCUUUAAAAACUAGUGGCUGCUUUACGAGCUACAUAAUUAAAUUAUAAAUAUAUAUAUAUUGGUAAAAAUCUCUAGAAUUGCUCAGUGGUUUUCUUUACAAUAUGUUCAAAUAUAAAAAUGAAAAUGAUGCUUUAGAAAUCUGAUGUAAAUACCAAUAUAUACAUGUGUAUUAGUGUGAACUAUAAACAUGUUAGUGAUAUUUCUGUUUUGUGGAGAAAGGGAUUAUGUGUGUUCAUGUAUUAUUUUAUGAUCAUUGUUUAUCAUGUUAUAUUAUUUAUGACCAUUGAUCAUUAUGUAACUUAAAUCAUAUAUUUUAACAAGUUUAUAUAACAACACAAAAUCACAGUCGAUACUCUCAAUUUCUCUUUAGUUUUAUACCAAGGAUUAAUUAAUGUGAAAAUUUCCCCUACCACUGUUCUUUUGUAACAGUCUUCUGAUGGUAAUUUCUUUUAAGAUAUUACACUUCAAUCAAAAGCCAUACACAAUGUUGAAUAGACUAAAAUCUCAUAAAGUGAUACAAAUUUUUUAAGAAACCACAAAAUGAUCAAUUUUUGAAAAAUAAUUUGGAUCUCUGCAGGUGUUCA